AAAAUAGCUUCUUUCAGUUCCAUUCUUUUGCUUGUCCUCGUUUCGAGCUAAGGCCUUCCUUGUGGCGACUUGCAUUUAUCUGUUAACAUCCGUUCAGAAACUUCAUCGAAAUGGCUGAUCAAAGCAGAGACGAAUUGGCUUGUGUCUACGCUGCUCUCGUUCUUUUGGACGAUGAUGUAGCCAUCACGGCUGAAAAGAUCCAAACGAUCUUGAAAGCUGCCGAUGUUAAGGUAGAACCAUACUGGCCUGGUUUGUUCGCUAAGGCUUUGGAUGGUCUUAACCUUAAGAGCAUGAUCACCAACGUCGGCUCAGGAGUUGGUGCCGCCCCAGCAGCUGGAGCUGCUGCCGCAGCCCCUGCUGCUGCCGCCCCAGCAGCCAAAGAGGAAAAGAAGGAGGAGAAGAAGAAGGAAGAGUCCGAAGAGGAGGAUGAUGACAUGGGCUUUGGUUUGUUCGACUAAAGGGAAUUCAAUCCACUUCUGUUUUGUGUCAAGUCAUGGGCCAAUUUUGUGUCUUGUGCAAAUACAUCAGGAGUUCCAUAAA